CCAGGAACCCAGUAUAGUGUAUACACCCGUUGCACACAUACAUAUAGCAUAUCUGUGAGUUCGAAUAUACGUACAAACAACUAGAGAAUGGUACGUGCAUUGGCGUGCCUAUUGGUGGCAACAUGUGGCCUAGUUUCUGUCACCGCAGAUUCUAUGUCCGUUCUGUCGGCCCCCAAGAGCUUGAAGGUGAAGGACCAAAGCAAAGCUCUCGACGUCACCGAUGUGGCUGAUAUCCUGAGUCAGUCUAUGGGAAUGCCCUCUCUUUCACACAAGACACAAGCGCAAGCUUCUGUGAACCCGUUAUCGCUGCCGUCCGCGUCAGUGGUGUUCACUGUGGAUGGUCUGGAAGAUUCGCCUACAGAUAUGCCAAAGAAGGUGUCAUACGCAGAGAUUGCGCAAACUCAGAAUAUGGACUCUAUCGCCACUAUUGUGAGUAUGCUCACUGGACGCUACCCCAGCGAGCACCUCAUUCCCGGGCGAAUGUGGGUGGGCAAGGAGGGCGUUGAGCACGGCCUGAUCACACCCAGCACGCGCGCGUUGGCCGGCAAUCUGGCUGAUGCCAUGGCUCAGAUGUUCGACCACUCAGUCACUGUGUCUGUGUCUGGUGACGAGCAGUUUGCACACGCUGCCGCUGCGAACUUCGAGGUUAACGAAGCGAGACCUUCGCAGAGUUUUGUCUACACCUUGGGCGACAAGAACGGUUUCUCGCAUGCAGAAGGCAGUGAUGAACUCGCUGACGUUAAACUGAGUAAGAAGGCGAUAGCCAAAGCACUACCCGAGUUUAAAGGGAAGUACAUUGCGGCCGAUGACAAGACGUUCAACCUAGAUAACAAGGUGGACUUCAGGUUCUUCGCCGAACUCUACGCGAUUCAACAAGUGCUUGUCUCGGCAAUGCGCGUGUCAGGCAUCAAGGCCGUUGCCUCGCACCCCGAUUUCUUCUCUUUUGCCCUGUCCUCUCUGCCCGAGGUGCGGGCCAAAUAUGGCCCCAACUCACCCCAGUACACAGAGGCUAAGCGGGUAUACCUGCAGUUCAUUGAGGAUAUGGUGUCCUUGAUUGAACAGCACUACACACACUCUGCAGUGGUGAGCAUGCUGACCCUCAGUCAGCGUGCAGAUGUGCCUGUGUCCGCUCGUCGUCCGUUCUAUAACCCUAUCAAGCGCAACAGACGCCAGGAAGACGACCCCAAGUACCCAUCAAGCUACGCUGACUGCCUGGUUGAAGGCGCCGAUUACGACACCGACUACUGCCAGUACGGGCCAAACCACGCGGUGUUCUUCAACAUCUUCUUCUGGUUGAGUGUGUUCCUAAUUGCGAUGGUGUGGAUGACGAUUUGGGCCCAGGCCACCAUGCCUAUCCAAGACUCUGUGAUCUUCAGAAUGACCGGUUCUCUGAGACCUAAGAUGGAGUAGAGCGGAGUGCACUCGGCUUAGCUGUAUUUCUGUAUAUCUGCGCGUGUGUACUAGAUACUGCGUGUACAUGCGUGGAUCACUGACUGAACGUUGGGAGUGGCGGUGGGAUAAAUUACAUCACACGAUUUUGGAUAGAUAUAUGUGUAUGUAUAUAUAUAUACUGUGGGGUGUGUGUGUAGAUCAGUGUAUAGUCUUCCCCACUCACCUUUAGAAUUAAAAUUGGAAACGAAAUAAUGUACAUCGUUCACGUUUCACUAAAAAUAGUGUUGCACCCCUAUAUCCUUUUGUCUUUGGGGGGGGUUAGACUUUUGAAAGGGGUUCUCACGCUCUUGUAGGGGCAGGGUUUUAGUGUUUUACAAAAUAUC